AUGCCGGUUAUGCUCUUGCUCAGCUCGGCGGCGACCACAGAGCGCCACGGCACGCAUGUCAGAAAACAUCCGGCUCUCUUGCUCGCACCCAGCUUCGCCCUGCGCUACAAUAGCAGCACGCCAUUCCUCGGGCUGCAGCGCAACAGCACCCGUCGCAGCGGCAGCCGGCUGCAGCGAGGAGAUUUUGUUCAGUGGAUCGGGCUGGUGAUCGCCAUCGUAGCGGCGCUCUUUGCGGAGGAGCUCGCCCUCGGCGGUCGGCCCGACAUUCAGGUGAAGCUAGCCGUCGGCUGGCUGCUCGGCUUUGGAGCCUUUUGCGGGCUGGUGCUUGGCUGCAUCGGCGCGAGGGAGGGGUGGGAGACGCCAACACGUUACGCGUCCAUCAUGCUGCUGAACAUGCUGCUGUCGCCAGACAAUCUCGUCGUCUUCAUGAUGUUCCUUAAGCACUCGAAGCUGCCGCUGCGCUGCCACCGGCGAGUCAUCUCAGACGGCUUCAUCUUUGCCGCACUGCUGAGGCUGGUCACGAUGCUCGCCACAGGGAAGCUGAUCGAGGCGUUCGCUCCGCUGCAAGUGGUCCUCGCAGCGGCGGUCUUCGCCAAGGGUCUUCAGAUGACGGCGGGUAUGUGCAGCCACCCGACCGAGAGCGAGGGCGAGCCGGAGGCGGAGGAGCCUGAACACCAUUGGGCGGUGCGAUCGCUGCAGCGCGUCCUGCCGGUCCGGUGGUCGGCCGACACCGACGACCUCUAUCUCGCGCGCGACGAGGCUUCUGGGCGGCUGCACAUCACGCGUACCAGCGCCCUCAUGUUCGCCAUCGGCUGCUCCGACCUCACCUUCUCCUCGGACAACAUCACCGCCGUGCUCGCGCUGACUCGAGACCCGUUCACUCUCUCGGUGACAAUGACCCUCUCAAUCCUCCUCCUCCGACCAGUCUACUUUCUUGCCGCAGCCUUCAUCGACCACCUCGACGCGCUCGACGCGGCGCUCGGAGUCAUCCUCAUCUUGAUCGGCGGCAAGCUGCUCCUCGGGCAGGCGGGCGUGGAGGCACAGAGGCUGAGAGCGGUCUUAGUUCUUACCGUCUUUCGGCCACACACCUAG